UCCCUUGCUGCCAGUGGCCAUCUGCAGUUCUUCCCUGGUUCUAAGGGUUUGUACAAUGGCCAAGUGCAUCAGCCUGGUGUUCCUUUUCGCCUCCAUCUGGACCACUGGGCUCCUGGUUCAGGGCUCUGUCCGAAUACAAGAACUUUCCAUCUCGUUGCCAUGCAGAAUUAUGGGAGUGACCCUUGUGAACAAAAAGGUAGACCCGCAGCUGAAUUUCACAGAAGCCAGGGAGGCCUGUAAGCUGCUGGGUCUAACUUUAGCCAGUAAAGACCAGGUUGAAGCAGCACAGAAGUUUGGCUUUGAGACUUGCAGUUAUGGAUGGGUUGGAGAACGGUACUCCGUCAUCCCUCGGAUUCUCCCAAAUCCCAGAUGUGGGAAGAAUGGAAUAGGCGUCCUGAUUUGGAAAGCUCCUGUUAGCCAAAAGUUCAGGGCCUAUUGUUACAACUCAUCUGAUACCUGGGUUAACUCAUGCCUUCCAGAAACCAUCACCACCUUUGAUCCCAUGUUUGACACUCAAACUGAAACACAGACAACAGAGGUCGCUGUCAGCGACAGUACCUACUCAGCAUCAUCCCCCUACUCUACAACCCCUGCUCUUGUUACAACCCCUGCUCCACCUACCACUUCUAUUCCACGGAGGACAAAGUUAAUUUGCAUCACAGAAGUUUUUACAGAAACUAGCUCUGUGUCUAUAGAAACAGAACCAACUAUUGAAAGCGAAGAAGCAUUCAAGAAUGAAGUUGCUGGGUUUGGAGGUGUCCCCACUGCUCUGCUGGUGCUUGCCCUCCUCUUCUUCAGUGCUGCAGCUGGCCUGGCAGUUUGCUACAUCAAAAGGUAUGUGAAGGCCUUCCCUUUUACAAACAAGAAUCAUCAAAAAGAAACAAUUGAAACCAAAGUGGUAAAGGAAGAGAAGGCUGAUGAUGGCAACCCUACUGAGGAAUCAAAGAAAACUAAUAAAAACCAAGAAGAGCCCAAGAGUGCUCCCAAAACUACAGUGCGAUGCCUGGAAGCUGAAGUGUAGAUGAGAAGGCACACCUGAGGCUGGUUUCUUCCCUGAUUCGUAUGCUGGCUCCAGGUGGGGAAACUAAAAGGGCCAAAGAACCAAAGAAGGAAGCCAUCAUUGGUUCCUAACAGGAAAUGACUAUGGAGUCCUCCAAAGAGAGGCCUCUUCUCACUGUAAUCCUUUCUGGACCCUAUCCUCCUACCUCCAAAGUUUCCCACAGCAUUUCUAGCCUGGCUAGGUCCUAGUAAUAUUCCAGUGGGAGAAAGGAGUUUUCAAAGCACAGGAUCUAAAAGAGCUUGUCAGUACACACCCGUAAACAGGCCUCCAGGCUGCCUGAGACUGGGUGAGUUGAGGACCAGAGUCCCUGAGACCAGGCCAGCUGCCCAACCCAGAGUCUUUCCACAGUUCUGAAAGGGAAACACAUCACUUGGCACGAGACCUUCAGAGCCAGGUACAAGUAAAACAAAGAAGGAAAGGUUUAGCAAUGGAAGGCCAUGGAUAGCCUCAUGACUUGAGACCUAAUCUCUGGGAAGCAAAAUAAAUAGAGCGUUAAAAGGAGGCCAAGGACACUGACAGCACUUGCCAGCAGAAACUGUAAAUACAGACAGGGACUGAGCAUCCUUCACUGAGUAAAUUCAUUGGAAUCACUUUCUAGACCACACACACACUUUCUUUUCUCUCUACUGCUGCUGCUAUUUUCUCUAGAAGAAUAGACUUUUAUAAGAAACAAAAGAAAACACAAAUUUCUAUUUUUAUCAGAGUUACGGAAAUUAUUACCAAGGAAAUGACUGUUAAAAAGUAGUGAGAUUCAACAAAUAGUUGCUAAAAGUCUACUACAGGUUGCAUGUCCCUCAUCU